GUCACACCAAAUUUGGCAUUUAAAAUCGAUCAUCAUCCCUGGAAAUAAUAAGCCUGUAUUUUACAUAAAACAUUAACAAUGAGCAACAACAAUACUCCCCGCCAAGAAAGACCUGACGUCGUCUCGACAGCUUCUCCUAGAGGUCCCGUCUUGAAAAGAAAAAGUCAAGGAGACCAAGAUUACGCUGCUCUCGCCGCAAAGGUAAACAGCUUGUCUGCCUGUGUUGCCGAUCUGCAACGCAAGUUAGACCAAGCCCCCGCUGCUGGACCAGUUGCCAAGAUGAAUAGAGGCAAGCAAACCGAGCUCGUUCGUUUGGUUCAUCAUGCAUAUGAACGUUGCGUCAAUCGAGACAAAAUGCCGUUCAAUUUGAAUGGCUCAAUGGUCAAGGACAACAGCCAUGUUCGUGAUCAAAUUAUUAAGUAUUGCAAGGAAUCUGCGUACUUUGACAGAUUUCUCCUGUCAAAUAAGACUGGGUUUACGAUAAGAGGUAAGGAAAUCGUGGAAGGUGUCAUUCUGUCCUUCCUGAACAACAAGAAGGUCAAGGCCAAGAAUGAUGCCAGCCCCCCCGAAGUGACUCAGUUCAAGAGGACAGAGAAAAGGGUCAAGGAGAGAAGAAGCAGAAAACUCGCUCGUAGAUUGGCCAUCUACAAAAGCCAUCCCGAGGAAACACCUGCUUUCGCAACGGCCGCUGAAUGUUUGAAGGUUCUGGUAAACGGUUGCCAGUCGGACGAAGAGGACGUUCCCGGCGAUAAAACAUUGCUGGAUCGUCAGGUGCCAACUUGGAGAUCCAAGAAUUUGAAUGAUUUCUUCAAAAGGCUUGACAAAGUUCAUGACGAUGAAGCAACAAGAAAAUGGGGUGAAAAGAAAAGAGUUGAUUCUGUGGUUGUAACGGCAUUGCAUCCUGAUCUUGAGAGAAAACUUCCUGCUUGGUCCAAAGCUGUAUAA